AUGCUUAUAAGCCCGUUUCCAGAGGCGUGGGUUGAGCCAGCGAAUUCGAUGGGUCUUUCCUCAAAGGUUGGAAUUUUCGCACUCGUAGCGAUAGUCGCUGCACAACAAUCUCCAGCUAAUUUAUCACCCGAGUGGACAGCCGCUUACACUAAAGCAAAAGCGGCUGUGGCCAAACUCUCACUAAAGGAUAAGGUUAAUUUGGGUACUGGCGUCGGAUGGAUGAAUGGGCAUUGCGUCGGGAACACUCCUGCAAUAUCCUCAAUCAAUUUCCCUGGUCUGUGUUUACAAGACGGACCGUUGGGCAUUCGGUUUGCAGAUCUCGUCUCGGCCUUUCCAGCCGGUAUCAAUGCAGCCACAACUUUCAACAGAACCCUGAUACGACAACGGGGGGCUGCUUUGGGCGAGGAAUUUAAGGGAAAGGGUGUCAAUGUGGCUCUCGGACCUGCGAUGAACAUAGCGCGGGCCCCGGCUGCCGGUCGCAACUGGGAAGGCUUUGGCGGUGACCCGUAUUUGGCCGGUGAGGCAGCGUUUGAAACUAUCACAGGCAUUCAGUCGCAAGGUGUUCAAGCGUGCGCCAAACACUAUAUCAACAACGAACAAGAACAUGCGAGGGAGGCGAGUUCCUCUAACGUCGAUGACAGGUAG